AUGGCUCUGGCAGAUGCCGUUGAUGAACACCAAGAGCCUGAAUCCAAGAUAUGGGGGAAUGAGACUCUACCCGAUCUUGAAACCUGGAUACAAGAGCCUAAAAAGCGAGCCGCACAGAGGCUGCGGGACCAGGGUUUCGAUGAAGUGAACCAAGGCUGCUUGAAGCCGAUUGAAAGUCAACGAGUGACGGAUGUCAUAUUGAAAUGCUUCCAAGCAUGUGCUGCCUCGCAGGGUGAUACCAACGCGGUGGAAGCGGAGCUGGCCCAGCAUGGGGAGGCACCUCAGGGGUUCAUACGCACAUUGCCAAUACCCGACUCACUGACGCUGAAGGAUUUGAGCGGCGUUACCCAGUGA